GCGAUACUUUGAUAGGGUAUUUAAAAAUGGAUAACCACAGCAAGUUGCUGUUUCCACCAGAGGAAAAAUUAGAGGAUCAAGUUAAAUUCGAGUAUUUUUCCAGAGAUUUCCCUGAAGGUAUCCCUAUUGGAGCACCAAGUGAACUGAGAAAAUUGAUAAACGCAUCAAAGCCCACAAAAUGUGUGACCCACGGAUGGAUGUCGGGAGGGCGCAAAGAUUCGAGCGUCAGCAUGAGAAAAGGAUUCCUGCACAAAUAUGAUGCCAAUGUGUUGGUGUUAGAUUGGAGCGCCAUAUCGGGCAACGUUUUCUACCCGAUCCCGAUGAUGAAAACUCCGGAGAUAGGAAAAUACUACGGCGCUUACCUCAACUACCUUGUAGAAGAGUUGGGAGUGAAUCCGGAAGACAUUCACCUAGCAGGCCACAGUUUGGGGGCUCAUAUUUCAGGCUUUGCAGCCCGGGAAGUAAAAAGCGGCAAAAUAGGCAGGAUUACCGGCCUUGACCCCGCGUUGCCCGGCUUUGACAUUGGCCUGGUUUCCUCAGGAACUUUGAGUAGCUCAGACGCGGAUUUUGUGGACGUAAUUCACACGUGUGCGGGUUUUUUGGGGUACAAACUACCCAUUGGACAUGCGGACUUCUACCCGAAUGGAGGCGGUCCUCCGCAGCCAGGAUGCAGCGUAUUAAAGUUGCAGAAGGUAAAUAAUGCUAAUAAAGCCAUGGAAGACGACGACACCAAAGACACGAAAACAAUGGACUUCGAUGAUAUUCUUGUGGAACUUGGAGAACUGGGACGAUUCCAGAUCAUAAUGUAUCUUUUGGUGUGUCUUCCUGUUCUGUUUGGAGCCGCCAACAGUCUCAGCUACGUGUUUACUGCAGGAGUACCAGAUUACCGGUGUUUCAUCCCGGAAUGUGAAAACGCUUCGAACCCAAUUUUCGAAGCACCAUGGAUAGAUUGGGCGCUCCUUCAGGAUAACAGCAGCCAAGUGAUAGGAUUCCGAGCCGACCAAUGUGAUCGCUUUGCAGUCAAUCAAACCGCCUGGAUUGCAGACGAAGAACAAUGCACUAAGUCUAUCUUUGAUAGGAACAACAUUGUUAAGUGCACCGAAUGGGUCUUCAGUGGCAGUGAUUACACGAUUGUUAAUGAGUGGAACAUCACCUGCACGGAAAACCAAUGGAAAAUUUCCUUAGUUGGCAGCAGCCACUUUGCUGGCAUUAUAGUGGGAUCGGCGUUGUUUGGGAUUUUGGCUGAUAGAUGGGGCCGAAAAUUGGUGUUCAUAUUUUGCAUUCUGCUUAUGACCGCAUCUGGAGUUCUUCAGGUCUUCGCCCCCGAAUACAUAACUUUUGUGGUUCUCGUGUUUGUCAAUGCUCUGGGCACUGCUGGAGUUUACCCAUUGGCCUUUAUUUUAGGGGUUGAAAUGGUUGGCAAGAGUAAGAGGGAAAUCACUGGAAUGGUGCUGAAUUACUUUUACGCUGUUGGCGAGGCUCUAGUAGCCUUAUUUGCGUGGAUUUCCAGAGACUGGAAAGAAUUGCAACUAAUUGUGUCCGCCCCAUCAAUAGUUUUCAUCGGUUACUACUGCAUUAUUCCAGAGUCUGUCAGGUGGCUGAUGGCGAACUCCAGGAACCAAAGAGCCAAACUCGUAAUAAUGAAAGUGGCUAAAAUUAACCGAGUGAAACUAUCUGAAGGCUUGCUAAAAGCCUUUCCAGACGAGCAAGAAAAUCAGGAAACCGAUUACAAUCCCAAAGACAGAAUGUUGCCAAUUAUCAGGCAAAUGCUGCGCUCCAGAACCCUGAUUAUUCGAUUUUCCAUCAUGUACUUUAUUUGGGCAGUGAACGCUUUCAUUUAUUAUGGACUAUCCAUAAAUGCAACCUCCUUGAGCGGGAACAAAUACAUCAACUUUGCUCUGGUUAGUCUGGUUGAGAUUCCUGGAUACAGUUUGGCUUGGAUUUGCAUCCAGAGAUUGGGCAGGAAACUAUCUUUGGUAUUGUCGCUGCUGUUAUGCGGCAUCACUUGCACCCUCACAAUUUUUAUUUCCAAAGUUGCCAGCAACUGGGCAGUGAUAGCUCUAUUUCUCCUGGGAAAAAUGGUAGUAACUGCAGCUUUUGGAGUUGUUUAUGUGCACACAGCUGAAAUGCUGCCCACUGUUAUACGAAGCGGAGGAGUGGGAAUGGCGUCAACCACAGCCAGAGUUGGAGCUCUUCUGGCCCCCUUCGUUCCGCUAUUGGGAGUUUACUUCAAGGCUUUGCCAAUGCUGAUGUUUGGAGGCUUGGCAAUUGCUGCCGGCCUUUUGGCUUUGAAGUUGCCGGAAACUUACGGAAAGAAACUGCCAGAAACAGUAUUAGAAGCCAUCAGGCUCUGACUAUUUACGACAAUAUACGGGCGAAAAUGUAAGGAUUUUUUUAAUCAAAGUCUCUUGCUGUUUU